GACGUCAAAUGGAGCUUAUAGGAGUCGGCCUUUCGACGUUCGUUCACUAGAGAACACAGCAGCAGCUUAGUGUAGCCACGUAAUUAAUGAAGCUGUAAAAGUGAAAUAUUAAUAAAUCGUCAUGGUUGUCGGAAACAGAAGAAAGAUUGAAGCACUAACCAGAGAGUUAGUUCUCACUAAUGACCAACUUCAGAAGGUAUCUGUAAGCCUCUUGCAUGAAUUUCAUAAGGGACUAUCUUGGGACACGCACAGCAAUGCAGCUGUUAAAAUGUUUCCUACAUAUGUAACAGAUGUGCCAAAUGGACAAGAACAAGGAAAAUUUCUUGCCCUCGAUCUUGGUGGCACUAAUUUCCGAGUAUUACUAAUCACGCUUAAUGGAGAAGAUUUCCAAAUGGAGAACGAAGUAUUUGGAAUUCCAGAAUCAAUUAUGCUUGGUACAGGCACUCAACUCUUUGACCAUAUUGCAGAGUGUCUGGCUAAUUUCAUGGAAAGACAAGGUGUGAAAAAUCACCGCCUACCCCUUGGGUUUACAUUUAGCUUUCCUUGUAAACAAGAAAGUUUAGCGAGUGCGAGGCUCACUAUUUGGACUAAAGGAUUCAAAUGUUCUGGAGUAGAAGGAGAAGAUGUGGGAGAGUUAUUACAAGCAGCUGUAAGGAGAAGAGGGGAUAUUGACGUGGAUGUUGUAGCUAUUAUAAAUGACACAACAGGAACCCUUAUGUCUUGCGCACAUAAGAACCGAGAAUGCAGAAUAGGACUUAUCAUAGGAACGGGAACUAAUGCCUGUUUCAUGGAUACAGUAUAUGUAAAUGAAGGAUCACGGCCAAAGUCUCGCCCAUACAUGGCGAAACUUGACAAUGAUGUUGAUCUGUGGGAUGCAGACUCGUAUGAACCACGGCAGGUUAUUGUAAAUACUGAAUGGGGUGCAUUUGGUGAUGAUGGUUGUCUGGAUUUUAUCCGAACAGUAUAUGAUCGAGAAGUGGAUAAGGUCUCUCUCAAUCCAGGAAAACAGCUGUUUGAGAAAAUGAUAUCCGGCAUGUAUAUGGGAGAGGUGGCACGUCAAGUAUUAGUCAGACUUACUAGAGAGGGCUAUUUAUUUGGUGGCCAGUUCUCUACACAACUUCUCACACCAUACGCUUUCAAAACGAAAUAUAUCUCUAUGAUAGAAAGCGACAGGAAGAAUUCCUUUGAAGAAACUAGAAACGUUUUAAAUAUUCUGGGCCUGGAACAUGCUACUGAUUUUGACUGCAACAAUGUGAAGUUGGUUUGCGCCAGAGUUUCUACACGGGCUGCCUUUUUAGUUUCAGCUGCUGUUGCAACUAUCUUAAAUAAGAUAAAAAGGCCACAUACAACAGUAGGUGUUGAUGGAUCUGUGUACAAGUGCCAUCCUCAUUUUCAUGAUCUGAUGGAGAAAAAAAUUGAAGAACUCACAGUUCCUGAUUACAAGGUAAGUUAGCAAUAAAAUGUCAGU